ACUCCUGCGAUUUCGUCUCCGUUGUUGCUUAUAUGCUAUAAUCUCACUGUUUCAAUUUUGGCUCCUCAUCGGAAAUGGCGUUUUUACUCAACACCUCGAUUUCGUCUCACCUCAGAUCUUGUUCACAGAAGACUGAUGGUGCUUUAGCUCAAUCCCGUCGUGGGUUCCAUGUGGAGCUAGGUGCUCGCGAGAAAGCUCUCUUGGCUGAAGAUGCAUCUUUGAGGAGAUUUAAGUCGCAUAAGAAAGGCGUGCACCGAUUGAAGAGGAUUGGAGAUGUGCUCACAGUUGUUGUUGUUGCUGGAUGCUGCUAUGAGAUCUAUGCAAGAGUAAUGAUGAGAAAGAACGCUCAGGCUGCAGGAAGCUCAUGAGUUUCUUUAUCUCCCUUUUUAACAAUCUCAUAAAUUCAUCUUGUUACUCAUGUUUGGCUUCUGAAUAAGUGUGAUGAAACGAAAAGGAUUUUGUAAUUUUCGUAUGGCGAAACCUUUUAUUUGUUAUCCAGAAACCCAAAUUCGCUUUACAUGGAAUCAUGAAAGUCGGGCUUGAAUGUAUCACGAGCUCAUUGAUUAUUAAAAUCCAAAUUCAUCGAAGAA